CUGACUUCGAUGAUUAUUUGGACGUCGACACCCAGUUAAUACGAGCGCAAGAUGGCCAGCACCGCCAAAGCAGCCACUGUGGCAGCAUUUAUCGAAUCGGCGCCACCAGGAGAGCUUGCCAAUGUGGUUAAUGAUAUCAAAGUGCUGGCAGGCCACGAGCCCAGCAUCCUCGCCUCGCUCGAACCGGCCUUUGCUCAGUACAACGAGGAGCAGUACAUGACCGUCACGCUGCCCGGCAGCAGUGGCGGCAGCAACAUUCCCCUCACGCCCUACAACGCCCUGCCCGACGGCCGCUACUUCGACACCGCCAGCCAGACGUCCUUCGCCGUCGACCAUGCCUCCUAUCACGCGUCUGGUACGCAGCAGUAUCCGCUCGAAUCUGCCAAUGCGGACCUCAUUCGCUCGCUGCUCAAGGCGCUCGACGCUGCCGCCGCCGAGCACUUUCCCUCCUCUGCCAUUGGCGUCUACCCCGCCGACGACGAUGCCGCUGUUGCUCUCGUGCUUGUCGCCAACAAAUACAGUCCACAGAACUUCUGGAAUGGCCGCUGGCGCAGCACCUACAUCUACACACCUGCCUCUGGCACACUGCGCGGGACUGUCAAGGCAGAUGUGCACUACUACGAAGACGGUAAUGUCCGCAUGUCGACCUCAAAACAGAGCGAGGUGCACGUUGCCUCGGGCAGUGGAGAUAGCAUCGUGCGAGAGAUAUCAAAAGCAGAGAACAAGUUUCAAGAGAACCUCAAUCGAUCAUUUACCGCCCUGGCCGAGGGCAGCUUCAAAGGCUUGAGGCGGCAACUACCUGUCACGCGGCAGCGGGUUGAGUGGGAAAAGAUCGGCGGCUACAGGUUGGGCCAGGACAUUGGUGGUGGAAGAUCGAGAUAAUUCCAGCAGCCGGACCUCGAUGGGUAGCAGGCGGGAAACAGAACCUGGAACGCUCGCCACGCGCCAAUGCCCUGUUGGUCUUAUGCGUAAGCAAUGGAACUGCAUUCUAAGUCUUCUGUGCUCAUAUCUAGUUCUGUAGACGAGCGUCUGCCCACCGGAUGCUAUACUUUGUGACCAAUACGCCUGCGUAUGCAGUCUCACACGGCCCAAUUGUAUCAUCGCAGGGAAAGACACAUUCUGUGACUGAUUUUAGCCCUACGGCUACAAGAGGUAAAUGUGCACACUGCCUCCCAGCGCCUACACACUUACACGACCCAUCAGGAGCGCACAGCCAAACUCUAGUGGCGCGCCUGUCGCGCUGAUACAAGUACUCAGUGGAAACACAGUUGAUUCCAGUGGAAAGCAUCCUCCCAUCAAUAGUGACAGAUACCCGAAGUACAACGAUGGCGUGAUAUUGCAAGACUUUCGAAAGUGGCGGUCUAUGACAGAUUCCACGUUAGAUCUCUGAGAGUUUGAGUGCAUCCGGCGCAAUUGAUUGAGCAUUUCGGAUGACAGUUCAGAAGAUGCAGCGUCGAUCGAUGCACGGAUGCAAGUGGCAAUACUUCUUGGUGUCCAGAUGUUGCACUCAGCAACCUCAGGUUUGCCCCUUUUUAAGAAGCAGUAUCUUGGCCAAAACGCCUACUGGUUCCACUCUGCGCUGUGGCAGCAGUGCCGUAGAGUUCUUGCGAGAUCGUGUGGGAAGCUUAUGAUCGAUUGAACGACCACCCCGCAGACUGCUUUAUUAGUGCAGCCAUACAUCGGAUUGACCCAUAUGAUCGUGGACGCAUAUUAGCAGACCGCCUGCGUGAUGCAGGGGAUGAUGGUGCGACUUGGCCAGAGACCAGAUGUUUUCGCAGGGCUGAGCAGAUAAUCCUGGAAAUGAAUUCAGCAGGCUGCGGCAGGGAACAAAGGAGAUGAUCUUCCACCGUAACUCACUUGCAGAGAAUGCCCUCUAGUACCAGAGGGAGAGCCGGAGUCUGCCACAUGACAAUUCCUACGCAGCAACAGGGCCGUCAGCUACGCUAAUGAAAAGCUGCAAGACCAGUAUAUAAAUCCUUGAUAGCUCAGUCGAAGACGAUCUUUUUGCCCGCGAAUUCAAUCUUCUCGAUCUUCUUCUCUUUGGCUCGUUUAGCAGCCUCCCAACUGGGGUGCAGAGGUCCAGUGUCAUCUCGGGACCGCUUGGACCUUUCGGCGCUCUUGAUCAGUCCGAGCUCAGGUCUCUGCUUCCCCAGCGGUGCUGCAUUUGCAUCUUUGGCAAAUUUGCUGAAGGAGGCGGCACCACGUUUGGCGUCGCGGCCCUGCUUUGUAGCCUGCUCUUGAACGUGCUUUGCUCUCUUGCCAUACUUCUUCUCCCAGAUAGCUUGACGUGCUCGCUGACCACGCCGGUUCUUCGCCGGUUUUGUGUUGUGGACAUCGUCGUCGUCCAGAUCGGAUCCGCUUCCAGACACGUAGCCAGCCAUUGUUAAAGUAGGCAAGAAUAGUUUUGUGGGCUCGUGAUUUUUGCCCGGCCUGCUGCGCGUCACUCCUUCCUGCUCCAGCUGCCGCUCUAGGUCUGCAAUGUCCACAUCCGAACCGUCACCUGUGUCGUGGUCGACUUCGUCGUCUCCGCCGUCAUUGUCAUUGCUCUCAGAUCCAUCGUCCUUGGUUACGUCUGCAGAAUGCACGCCAGCUCUCUUCGCCGCAUACACAUCUUGGCCGUUUGGCACUAAACCGAACUCGCUCUUGACAGCAGCAGCAGCAGCCGGUAGAGCAGCUUUGACGGGAUUCGAGUUACAUAGUCGUGCGUGCACGUUCAGCAUGGCGGAGUCGGACGACACAGGCUUUGGGGAGCUGAUGUCGGCAGGAAGAUCGGGUGCUACCUGCACAGCCUUGAUCUUGAGCAGCGACUUGGCCAGGAAGUUGUGUGCCGACCGCGUCGUAUCCAGCGUCUUGAGCGCAGCCACCUCUGCGUCAAUGCGAGCUACCUCAUCCUCUAUUGACCUCUUUGCCAUGGUGUCCGCAUUUCCCUUUGCCUCUUUCACCUUUGCUUCUGCGAGCGCAUUCUUUCUGCGACGGCCCAGCUUCUGUCGCUCGAAGCCACGUGCCAGCUUGAAGGCCUUUUCCAGCUGUUGAGCGCCUUGCACAUAUGCAGCCAUGAUCUGUCGCUGCCGCCGGAAAUUGGGCGCAUCUGCAUCUCCAGCUCCAGCUCCAGCUCCAGCGCCAGUGCCGGCGUCAUCUCCUGCUCCAUCUCCGUCGUCUCGUUUGCGCUUUGCCAUGGCCGCACUGUGUUCAGCC